AUGCAGCAAUUUAUGGCUGAUUUACCAGCUGCGCGUGUCGAGAGAGUUGAGAAAGUAUUUCUCAAAUGCGCAGUGGAUUUUGCGGGUCCGAUUAAAGUUAAAACAUCAAAACUACGAAACGCAAAGGCAGUCAAGGGCUAUAUUGCGAUUUUUGUAUGCUUUGUCACAAAAGCCAUACAUAUCGAGCUUGUGGGUGAGCUAACGGCGGAGAGUUUUGUGGCAGCGCUUCGGAGAUUCGUUGCGCGUCGCGGACGCGUAUCGGAUAUUUCAUCAGACAAUGGACCCAAUUUUGUAAAAUCAGAAAAAUUUUUAAAAGAAUUGUCAAAAAUUGAAUUAGAGCAAUUCCAAACGACGAUAAACAACGAACUUUUACGUCUUGAAAUAAAAUGGCAUUUCACGCCGCCUGCGAGUCCACAUUUUAAUGGGCUUGUCGAGGCAGCGGUGAAAACAACAAAAUAUCACCUGAAACGACAAAUUGGUGAUAGCGCGUUAACGGUGGAAGAAUGGACGACAUUACUCUGCCAAAUCGAAGCGGUAGCCAAUUCAAGACCAAUCUGCGAAAUGAGCAACGAUCCAAAUGACACUACGGUGCUAACUCCAGCACUUUUCCUUAAUUUGACACCAAUGGUUAUGGUACCAGAUGAGGAUUUGUCAGAAAGUAAGUCAAGCUAUCUGACAAGAUGGAAACAAGUGCAGAACUUACAGUAA